GUAUCCAGACAUCAACAAUCAACCACGACUGUUUUUCCCCCUCCAAGAAUCAUAAUCAACUGUCGAUAGUAUCUUCUUCUCUGUCAGGAUGGCUGACCCCAACACUAAACAGAUGUCACAGAAAAGUGUCAACAUUGCUGCUGGAGCAGUUGUGUGUGUAGAGAGUGAAAUUAGAGGAGAUGUGACCAUUGGUCCAAGAACAGUGGUCCACCCCAAAGCGCGUAUUAUAGCCGAGGCAGGCCCUAUUAUCAUUGGAGAAGGCAACCUGAUUGAGGAACAGGCUCUCAUCAUUAACAGUUAUGCAGAAAAUAUUAUGCCUGACACGGAAGGAGUAGAACCCAAGACCAUGACGAUUGGAAUCAACAAUGUGUUUGAAGUCGGGUGUGUCUCUCAAGCAUUGAAAAUUGGUGACAACAAUGUCAUCGAGUCAAAAGCGGACCUAGGGAAGAACGUCAUUCUCACCAGUGGCUGUAUCGUCGGCGCUUGUUGCCAGGUGAACACGUGUGAGGUCAUUCCCGAGAACACAGUCAUCUACGGGGCUAACUGCAUGAGGCGUGUGCAGACAGAAAGGCCUCAGCCUCAGACGCUCCAGCUAGAUUUCCUCAUGAAGAUCCUGCCCAACUACCAUCACAUGAAGAAGACUGUCAAAGGAACCUCCACCCCUGUCAGAAACUAACCUCUGACUAACCAAAGAUCAGCAUUCCCUGACGCUCACCAGACCUUAACAAUGGAAGGUGUAGAGACUCAAUUUGUCCUCGACCUGUUGUCCUCGACCUGUUGUCCUCGACCUGUUGUCCUCGACCUGUUGUCCUCGACCUGUUGUCCUCGACCUGUUGUCCUCGACCUGUUGUCCUCGACCUGUUGUCCUCGACGUGUUGUCCUACAGCUAUUGUCCUAGACCUGAUAUCCUCAACCUGUUGUCCUCGACCUGUUGUCCUCGACCUGUUGUCCUCGACCUGUUGUCCUACAGCUGUUGUCCUCGACCUGUUGUCCUACAGCUGUUGUCCUCGACCUGUUGUCCUCGACCUGUUGUCCUCGACCUGUUGUCCUCGACCUGUUGUCCUCGACCUGUUGUCCUAGACCUGUUGUCCUCGACCUGUUGUCCUCGACCUAUUGUCCUACAGCUAUUGUCCUAGACCUGUUGUCCUCGACCUGUUGUCCUACAGCUGUUGUCCUAGACCUGAUGUCCUCGACCUGUUGUCCUACAGCUGUUGUCCUCGACCUGUUGUCCUCGACCUGAUGUCCUCGACCUGUUGUCCUCGACCUGUUGUCCUCGACCUGAUGUCCUAGACCUGUUGUCCUCGACCUGUUGUCCUCGACCUGUUGUCCUCGACCUGUUGUCCUACACCUGUUGUCCUCGACCUGUUGUCCUACACCUGUUGUCCUCGACCUGUUGUCCUACACCUGUUGUCCUCGACCUGUUGUCCUCGACCUGUUGUCCUACAGCUAUUGUCCUCGACCUGUUGUCCUCGACCUGUUGUCCUACAGCUAUUGUCCUCGACCUGUUGUCCUACAGCUAUUGUCCUCGACCUGUUGUCCUACAGCUAUUGUCCUCGACCUGUUGUCCUACAGCUAUUGUCCUCGACCUGUUGUCCUACAGCUAUUGUCCUCGACCUGUUGUCCUCGACCUGUUGUCCUCGACCUGUUGUCCUACAGCUAUUGUCCUAGACCUGUUGUCCUCGACCUGAUGUCCUAGACCUGAUGUCCUACAGCUAUUGACCACGUAAGAAGUAGUUUCUCUCCUCUGAGGCAUGAGUGCACAUUCCUAGCUUUUCUCAAUUCCCAAUCAUAAGAGAGAGAGAGCCCAUAUGCAGCACUCCAUUGGGUCAUUAGCUAAACCAAUAGUAACACAGUUCCUGGUUUUGUUUCUUAUUUGUCUUAACUUGCUCUUUUUAUUGUAUACUUUUUUUUGGUCUGUUCAAAUGUCAUAUGUUGUUUUUUCUGUCUUAAAUUAAGCAGAUUCAGUUUUUAUGUUAAUGUAUAUAUUUUCAGCUUUGGUUGUUGUGAAAUAAAAAGCUAUUUAAAAGAAACAAUACAAUUAA